AUGGGUACAGGCUGUCGUGUCUACAACUGGAGAGACGCUGUGAAGAAUGUCGUAAAGGCCUCACUUUCUUCGGCGGUAAUUAGAGAACCGUCAGAAACCUAUGAACUACCGCUUGAUACAUUGAAUGUUAAGAUCCGAAGUCUAAGGCUCCCUGACGAAGAUCCUAUGCAAUUUGCCAUAAAAGUGACUUACUUUGAUCAAUUGUUAGUAUCCAGUGUGAUCAUGGCCAUUGGUGGUAAGGAUAAAGAACGAACUAAGAUUUUAGCUGAAGGAACAAUGAACUACGAUCCCUCAGACUACGAAAAAAUGUGCUUGUUUGCGGAUUGUCCACUAGUUGCGAAGACAAAGAUUUGCAUACAAAAACGUAUGGAGCCAAUGAUCAAACCACCGGUUCUCCAGUGCAAGAGCUGGGACUGCUUACCGCUGCUGACGAUGGAAGUUUCAGCCACUCGACAUAAAAAUAAUGCUGUUCAUCAUAAACACCUCAAAGAAGCUAACAUGAUGCAAUUAACAUUAAUCGCCGCAUACAAUUUGAUUGCACCCCCUGAAGGAGAACGCGUAUAUACCGCAAUAUCAAAAACUCCACUUUAUUGUGAAUUUAAUACAGGACUUGCUCGGUUCAAUGAAGGGAUCAAAGCAUCCAAAAAAUUUAACCUAACCAACUUCUACGCAAAAUGGGAAAGUCUAAGUGUCGGAGAAAACUCGUUUGCAAAAGGAGACGUAAAGUAUCCAUUUAAUUUCAAGGCGAUACGGAACGAAGAUAAAUUAGAUCUUUAUCCUUACUUGUUCAAAAUGCCUCAAGACAAGAAAUCAGUUUGCCUAGCGGUGCCUUUACUAUGGCUGAACGAAACAGCAAUGAUGCAAGAAUGUGACUGUGCGUCCUUGAAUGUUGCGGACAACAAGGCGGUCUCAUCUAGUGGCACCAUGCAGAGACCUGAAAAAACUAAAACAGAGUCGACCGCGAGUACUGAAGUACUGAAGCCGGUUUUAAAUGAUACCGGCGCUGAUGAAAAUCAUCCCGCUUUUGUGAUAAUAGAAAUUAAACUAGCAAGACCAUUGUAUAAAGUUGUCAUACCAACUCGUGUAUUGGAAACAGAUAUUGCUAAAAUGUUGACCACAGCGGAAGCUAUGGGUCCAGUUAAGCGUCGCUGCUUCGGACGUAUUGCUUUCGCCCAGAAAUGGCAGUCCUCGGUCCAACUUGCUGCAACUGCUUUAAGAAGAGUGCCUUAUUUCGGCACAACUGAGUUUUCUGUAUUCGUGCGUCAACUGAGUGAAACUAAAACUCGAGUAGAACUUACAACUACAUGUUGGCAAGAUGGGGCCCUUUUUGUAAACAAUAACUUUGUCCUGCAACAAUACUUGCAUUCUGAUGAAAUAUUUGAAGUAACUGUGAAUAGUCCUCGUGAUGCCAACGUUUGGAGAGAACUAUCUACUUGUCUCAAAGAUAUCGAUAGAGACUGGGCCAGAGUCACCCUUUAUAAUUCUAUUUUACUAAAUCCACGGCAUCCACUUACUCUUCUUUCUACCUGCGGUAUGGUGUAUGAAGAAGAUCCAGUCGUUGCUGAGCAGUUCUUCGUCGCUCUUAUGGCUUUCUAUCCAUACUGGGUAAUGGGCUGGAUCAUUGCUAGUGUUUACUACUACGACCGUCAACAAUUCUUGAUCUACGAGAAAAUUAUGAAAAUUGUUCAAAAAAGUCAACGAGAGGGGCAAACAGAGGAGAUUCCUUACGCCCGCGGAUGGGAGCGAGAACUUGGUGAUUGGUGGGAUUCUACACAACUUUUGCCAGGAAUGAGCCCUUUUUACGACGCUGCGGAUGUGUUGCUCAGAUUACGAUGUAUUGCUUUGGCAGAAUUAUGUUUAGCCCGUUCGUUGUCUCAAGCUGGAGAGUCGGCGGUGUAUUAUCACAUGGUUGCGCUCUGUUGUCGCUUACGUGGAAAGUUCAAAGAAGCUCUGUGCCAUGUUCAAGUGGGCAUCAAUAAAUACGGAGAUGUACUCUAUUUGAAGACCUUAGAGGCAGAGUGUUACCAUAUGCUUGGUAACAUUUCGGAUUCUAUGGCGUCUUACGAAAAAUGCAGUACCAGUAGAUGGCCAUACACGGUGCUGAUGACGCUACCAUUAUAUACGGAUCCUAUUCAGCGCCGUACAGUUUUAUGGGACCUGGCACGUCGACAUCCCUGUGCAUAUACAUGGAUGGCACUACCAGAUACCAACACAACGACUCCAUUUAAAUCCGACGAGGCUGAUAACAAUAAAAAUGAAAAGCCCACCAGCAAUCCGAAUGCAAUCGCUUGCGCAGUUCAAGCUCUCAAGUGCGACAGACUGGCAGGACGUGCAUGGGAAGUCCUCGCAAAUAGCGUAAAGCCCAGUGCCAGACGACAUUAUUGCCUUAAAAUGGCGUCCUUAUGCGGCGUCAAAGUAAACAAGGAUCAUGAGGAGACAAACGCAGAUUCGAGGCAAUCCUCAUGUUACCGACUAGGGACUGCGAUAACCGAGUGUCGCUGUCGCGCAUGCGAGCGCUUACGAUUAUAA